CAAGCCUCCCCUCGUCUGCCCCCACUCUUUCCUCCCAUCCGUCCAGAUCCGUCCUCCUCUCCUCGUCUCUCUCCCCCGUGUCUUCCUCCGGGGAGCCUUGCGGCUGCAGCAGGACAGGAGUGGGGCGCCGUCGCCGCCGCGCGUACAGCCAGCCGGUGCCACCUCCACUCCGGCGCCGAUUGAUGGACCUCUCCACCCUCACGCGCCCGCCUCCUGCCUCCCGCCCCCAGGACCUACAGAUCCUUGCCUUCCCCAUGGGUGAUGUCUCUAGUGGAGGAGGGCGGAGACUCGCGCCGCCGUCGACCUGUCCUUCUCGUCGGCCGCGCCCCAUGUAGCAGGUAACUAACAAAUGCCAGUUUUUAAAAAGUUUGCAGUUAGUGAGAAGGAGGUAAGCAGCAUGAGAAGAAGGAAGAGGAGAAGUAUGGAUCUGCCAAGGAAGCAGCGGCUGUCAGGGAGCUGUCGUUUAUGAACCCUCUAAGGGAGGAGUUGUCUUGUGUUUUUGUAACAAUUUCGCUAAACAAUGACCUCAAGGCAUAUGCCGUCAGCGGGAGGAGGGUAGCAGCAAUCGCAGCAGGUGGCAAUGGUGGUGAAAGCGUCGGAUGUGGGUCGCUUCAGCGCGAAUCGAUGAUGGCGCAAGGCCCACCGAUUCUUCUGCUGCGGUGCUGCACAACGGCGUCUCUGCGGGGAUCAGUGAUGACGCAAGGAACUAUGACCUCCAGCGAGAUGGUCUUGGGUGCAGUAGCGAAAUUUGUUCAUUGGAUAGAGCUUUGAAUAGGCUGCUUGAAUUUUAGGGGACCUGACAGGGACUACAAGAUCGAUGUUGCAUUCAUGAAUCUCUCAUACACAGAUAAGAAAUAUUCUCCCUCAAAUCAUUUUAGUGCAUGAUGGAGGUUUGCUCAUGUCCUUUCUAUUUCUGUUGGUUAGAAAAUAUUUUCCAUUGUUGGGCAUUCACAGAAAUUUAGGGAAUAUUUGUUGUCAAUGAUUUUAUUGCGGUCCACACUCCAAAGCUGAUUUAAGGAUCAAGUGAAGGUGGAGCGGCAUAUUCAAACUUGCAUAUCAUGGCCCAACACGCUCUCGAGCAAUCCGACAUUGUUUACUCUCCGUUAGGUCUACUAACACUCUUGAUCCUCAUAGGAUCAUGGAUGUUGCUUCGGAUAAGACCAAUUAAAGAAAUUAUAGGCCCUGUUAUUGAAAGAAGCGUUACAAUAGCUACCCGAACUACUAAGGAGUUUACUCUUAAGGAGAAGAUUCAGUUUAUGGGAUUGUAUCGUCGCUCGUGGUCUGAAGUUCUUGGCACAGAGAUCUCCAGUCCGAGGACACACAAAUUCGACAUGGUUAACAAAAUCCCAGCUCCUUGGGAUGAACAGAAGAAGAACAUGACACUGAAAUCACAAGGCCAAGAACAUCUCUUCUCCAAGGCCACACUGAUGCACUCUGUGAGUUUCAAACAGUGGCGAGGAGGAGAGGAAUCCACAGGUUCAGUUCAGAAUAAGAGCAAACAGAGCUUGGUAAAUGGCAUCCAAGACCGACGCAACUCUGACGCAUUGAGCCCCAAUGUUUCAUCCAGCCCCAAAUGUGAGCUUGAUGCCGCAGCCGUGAAACUUCAAAAGGUUUACAAGAGUUACCGGACCAGGCGAAACCUCGCCGACUGCGCAGUCGUCGUAGAGGAGCUAUGGUGGAAAGCACUGGACUUUGCAUCACUGAAGCACAGCUCGAUAUCGUUCUUCAACGGCGGAAAGCCCGAAACGGCGGCGUCGCGGUGGGCGAGGGCAAGGACAAGAGCGGCUAAGGUUGGCAAGGGGUUAUCUAAGAACGGGAAGGCUCAGAAGCUGGCAUUGCAGCACUGGCUCGAAGCUGUAAGUCACAUGCUACUUAACUCUAGCACUAAACUAAGAUCAGUAGGUAGUGUCCUACUGUCUACUGAGAUUGUUGCAGAUUGUUUAUUACUAAUGCUGCCAUUUUAUGCCUUCGGGCAGAUUGACCCUAGGCAUCGAUAUGGGCACAAUUUGCAUAUCUAUUAUGAUGUCUGGUCCAGGAGUGAGAGUACGGAGCCCUUUUUCUAUUGGUUAGACAUUGGGGAGGGCAAAGAAAUAAAUCUUGAGAAUUUCCCUAGGAGUAAACUUCAGGGGCAGUGCGUCAAGUACCUUGGACCACAAGAGAGGCAACACUAUGAAGUUGUUAUUGAGUGUGGCAAACUUAUGUUCCAAGAAACCGGGGUUCUUGUGCACACUUCGGAUGACUCCAAGUGGAUUUUUGUCCUCAGCACCACAAAGGCAUUCUAUGUUGGCCAGAAGAAGAAAGGAUCGUUUCAGCACUCCAGUUUCCUAGCUGGUGGAGCCAUAACAUGUGCUGGACGAUUGGUGGUCAAAGAUGGAAUUCUGAAGGCAAUAUGGCCAUACAGUGGCCACUACCUUCCAACGGAAGACAACUUCAGAGAUUUCAUUCGCUUCCUUGAGGAGAACCACGUUAGCCUCACCGAUGUCAAGAAAUCUGCUAUCGACAAACCUGACGAGUACCCGUUGCUGAGCAACUCUGACAAUCAGCCUGAACAUGUUGAGAAUAACGAGCCAGCAGGUGCCGCUGCUCAAGAUCUGACCGAAGUUGAGAUAGACGGCGUCCUCACUGGCGAGGCAUAUCAUGGAUCGGCCGACCACGGUGACAUGAGCGAUGCUGAGGAAGAUGCCGGCACUCCGGUGGACUCCCACACCACCGACACCGAAGAAGAAGAAGAAGAAGAAGAGGUCAAUAAUAUCUCAGAGCAGCGGCCGCCGGCGAGUGUCGAUCGUAGCAAGAACCAUCAGACGUGCCGGUGGUCGACGGGCACCGGUCCACGCAUCCGGUGCGUGCGCGACUACCAGCAGGACCUCCAGUCCAGGGCCCUCGAGCACGUCAACCUCUCGCCCAGGCUCGCCGGCUCGCCGUCGAGGAAGAGGGACCCGGUGCCCUCGCCGCGCCCCAGCCCGGGGAUGAUACUCUCGCCGAGGCUCGCGUCCGUCGGGUUCCAGCCUCGGACGGUGUCUCUCACGCUCCCAGACUUCAAGAGGAGCAGAUUGCAGUGAACAAUCCUGUUUUCGCGUAGCAGAUCAGGAAUUCAGAAUAACAACCGGUCCAUUUUUUUUUCUACACCGGCAGUUUUUUUUUAAUUCUUUGCAGCUGCUGCGUCAGCACAGAUUCUGAACAAUCGGGCAGUGAUUCUUUGAAGCUGGAACCCGACUGCAAUGAAUUUGUGGUGUUUUUUUGGAAUUACUUUUUCUACACGGGCAGUGAUUCUUUGCAGCUGCUGCGUCAGCACAAAUUCUGAAAAACGCUACGUUAGCCGAUUUCAUUUUUUCCAGUGCA